AUGGUCAGAUAUUCCAAGCUUCCAUUCAGAGAGCUUGUUCGUCAUUAUAAUGCUGAUAUCGUUUAUACGCCGAUGAUAUUGGCCAGAGAGUUCGUGCGUAACGAUAUCGCCAGAAUCAGCGAUUUUUCAACAAACCAAACUGACAGCCCCGUAAUAGUUCAAGUGGGCUGUAACAACGUUCAAGAUCUUCUUAAGUUUGUCGAGAUGAUGCAUCCGUACGUAGACGGAAUUGGUCUCAAUUGUGGAUGUCCCAUUCGAGAGCAAGUUCGUGAGGGAAUCGGUGCUGCCCUUAUGUCUCAACCGGAACUAGUUUCCGAUAUGGUAAGAGCGGUUAAGCAAAAGUAUGGCGAUUCAAUAUGCAUUGAGACCAAAAUCAGGAUCCACAGCGACUUGAAUGAGACGGUCAGGUUUGUAAAGAUGGUGGAAAGCGCUGGCGUUGAUUUCAUCACUGUCCACGGGAGGACGAAAACAACGCGAUCAUCACAGCCAGCCAACUUAGAUGCCAUCAAACUAGUCAAGGAGACUGUCAAGGUCCCUGUGGUUGCAAAUGGUGACUGCUUCACGCAAGAGGAUUUUGAGAAGAUAGCAAAAUAUACUGGAGUUGAUGGUGUUAUGGCCGUUCGUGGCGCCUUGGCCAAUCCUGGCAUAUUUGCAAAACACAAGACAGCACCAUGGUCGGCGGUGGAAUUGUUUCUAGACCUUGCCCUAAGCUAUGGCUUGCCCUAUCGCAUAACACAGCAUCACUUAUCUGAAAUGCUAGGUACGAUGAUACCGAGGCUGCAUGUCAAGGAGAUGAAUGAGCUCUCCAAUCUUGUUGACCUUAUAGACUGGCUAGACGAACAUUUUGUGCUUAAAAGAAGGGGGGAGGACGGAUUUGGCACAACAAUCAGCCCUCAGUGGAAAUAG